CCGGUGGUGUAAUGAUGUUGAAAGAAGCACGAUCCAAGUCACGUGAGUGUUCCUUCUGGAAAAACUGACCCUGAGGCCUACAACAGACCAACAUGGUGCCUGCCUAUUGCUUUGAUGAAGGCUACUAAAAAAAAAAAGGGACGAUGGAGGCUUAUCGACGAUAAGCAGGAAAGAUAGCCCCAAGGACUGAUCAUCUGGUCUGCAACCGAUAUUGUUCAAUCAGGUCGCUCCUGCCUAAGAACUGUGAAUCAGGUUUUUCUUUUCUAGAAUGAUAAGACGGCAAACAAACCCUCUGCUUGCCAACCUUCUCGACCGAGUAUCUCAACCACAGCAACUCUUUUCGCCAAUCCGAGUUUUUGAUAACAGUAACAGACUGCUAUCAUUGCAUUCUUCUCAAGAACUCCGACUUAACUCAAAGCCAUAUUUCAUUGGCAAUUUCCAUCAGAGUCGAGGUUUGAGCAAAUCGGCUCGAGAAAGGCCCGAUCGCAAAUCGACUUCUCAGAAAGGUUCACUAUCUGGCAAAGGGGAAUCGCUGUUGUCUUCAUCACCCACAUCACAACUAUCAACAAGACCACUGUCUUUGUUGUCAUCACAGAAUUGGUACACCGAACCACCAGCUCCGGCUACAGAGAGCAAUCACCCAACUGUUGAGACCUCCAAAUCUGGAUCAGCUACUAUGGAUCCAAAUCCAGGCUAUCAAGGGUUCAGCGAAGGUUGGUCCAAUGGCCUGAACCCAUCUGCACCUUCUUUCGACCUCAACUCUGCCGAAGGUCAGGCUUAUCAACAGCCACCAGCCCAGUCUGAUUCCGUUCCCAGAUAUCGCCACCCCAACGCUCAGCCCAGUCCUGAUUCUAGCCCCAUAAAUAGCCAGCGCUCUCACAACAAAAAGAAGAACAAGCGUAACCGCAAAGGCCAAAGCGAAGGUGGCGGCACCGGAGGCGAGUACCUCAUCCCCCGUCAAAGACGAAAAGCUGCCCGAGGAGCAGACCCAAACCAGCCCCCAGUCGGCGGUGGUGGUGGUCCCAAUCAACUCCCAAACAGCAACCUUCCCCCCAAACCCCCUCCCGGCCUCUCCCGAGACAUGGACAGAGCUCCCCUACCGGCGCAAUCAACCCUUCCCGACCUCCUACCUUUUGCCCCAUCCGCAGAGUCAGGCGGCGUUCCCGUUCCUACGGAAGCCUACCUCGCCCGCGCCAACAUACCCCCUGCCCCUUCCCCCUCUCCGCACUCAUUACUCCUCGUCAUCGACCUCAACGGCACCCUCCUUCAUCGGCCCCACUCUAGGAGAUCAGACCACUACAUUCGCCGUCCUCAUGCGGAGAAAUUCGUGACGUACUGUAUCGACACAUUUUCCGUCGUCAUCUGGUCUUCUGCCCGACCAGAAAACGUGGAAAAGAUGUGCAGGGAUUUACUGACGGACGACCAAAAGCAGAGGGUUCUGGCCAUGUGGGGAAGGGAUAAAUUCGGGUUGACGGCUAAGGACUACAACAGAAAGGUACAGGUGUAUAAACGGCUGGAGACGGUGUGGGGGGAUCAGCAUAUCAACCCCUCUGGAAUGUGGCACCAGGGGAACACGGUGCUGAUUGAUGAUUCGAAGGAAAAGGCGAGGAGCGAGCCGCACAAUGCGGUGACGUUGCCGGAGUUUACGGGGAAUAAGGAGGGGAGAUGGGAGGGGCAGGUGUUGCCGGCUGUGCAUAAUUACUUGAACGAGUUGGCCAAGACGGAGGAUGUGAGCAGGCUUAUGAGGGUUCAUCCGUUUAAGAUGCCUAUGAAUAGGGAGGAGAAGCCUAUGAAUGGGGAGGACGAAUUUUAGGAGAUGAGGGCUUGGGUGAAUGUGGGGGAAGGAGUUUGGAGGGGGGUGUAUAGGUGGAACGGGAGACCUGGUAAGAGGACGACGGGGCAGAAAGAGCAGAGCUACAUGAAGGUGGCAAAAUUGAGCAAGAGGCUGGACAAGGCCACGCCGUAGGGGAGGUACGUGACGGUCUGCAUACCGGAGGUGAGGAACCAUCAUCAGCUGCCUUGCAAGGUCCUCAAUGGGGAUGGUACACCUCGGAAGGUUGAGGAGGGGGAAGUUGGCGAGUUGGAUGAGCUUGUGCAAAGCCUGUACCUCAUCUUGCCGCGGCAGAGAAGACAGAAGCCGUUUAAUCACUUUAUGAAUAACAGGAACGUGACAGUGCUGUAGACAGCGGGUAGGGGAAGAGAGGGCAAUAGAGAUAAAAAUAGCGGUUGUGGUUAACUUGCAGAAGAACGUA